AACUAGACGUAAUUAUAUCUCUGAGUUAAAUAUAUCAUUGUUUGAUGCAUUAUUACAAUAUUAACAAAUUAUUGUAUUAUCUUACAUGGAACGUAUAAUAAAAGGACUUUCUGCUCUUGGUUCUUUUAUUAAGUCAUGCGGAACAUUGAUCGUUCUUAUUUGGUUUCUAUGUCAACCGCUUGUGCUGUGACUCUGAGCAUUCGAUAAGUUGCAGCUCUGUAGCAAGAUUCGAGUUAUUCGCGUUCAAGAACUUUGCUUCCUUUUCGUCUCUACUAUUGUAUAAUUCUUCCGCUCUAAGAUGGUACGGAGAAGAGCACAUCAUUCCGAAAUGCGUACGACCUAUCUCUUGAAAUGUGGCCAAACACUCGAUAAUACUAAACCGUCCAAAAGAACCCGGGCGUUAAUAGCGCCAAAGAGCGCUUUCCAGCGUUUUGUGGAUUAUACCACCGAGGAGGAUAGAAUAGCGGCACAACAAGAGAAGGAAGUGGCGAAAAUAACAGCAUUGAAAAAAGCGACUUAUGAAAAAACUAAAACGUGGAGUGAUACGAUAGAAAAUAUCAAAGCAAGACGAAGGGAAGAAUUAUUGUCAAAAAAGAAGAAAGCCGAGGAAGAAACGGAGACGUUCGUAAAAGACCUGGCGGAGAAAAAGGCUGCGGAGCGCGCGGAAAUAGUGCAACAAGCAAGGAAAUUGAUUCUGCAGAAAAAGCCCUUAUGUCGGCGGUUUAAUCGUGCUCUUCUCGCCUCCGAGUGUCUCAGGGAAUUAGAUGCUCAAGUGGCAUUUCAGAAGACUAUUAAAACGAUGGAUAAGAACCAGGAUAUAGAAUACGCUAAUUCGAUCAAGAUAGAAGUCGCAAUGCACGAAGAGCAAAAGAAACAGGAAACGGAGAAGCGAGCGAAGAAAACGAGGAAUUACCGAAUGGAUUUGAAGAAACAAAUUGAAGAAAACGAGCAGAAUAAUAAAUUAAAAGCGGCGGAGGAGAUGGAGGCCGAGAAACAGGAGCAAAAAAACAUGACGCAAAAUGUGCAAAUCGCGAAGGAAAGAGAGAUGCAAGACAUAUUGAACAAGAAGAAGAAGCUGCAACAAUUUUUCAAGGAAGCGAUAGAAGAGAAGAAGCGAUUUGAAUUGGAAUUGAAGCGCGAUGAGGAGUUUGAGGAUCGAGCGUUAGAGAUUUAUCGGAAGGCUAAAGAUCGAAUACAAAAAAUCCACGCGUCAAUUACGUUGAAGGAAAAGAAAGAGAAAGCACGUGAAACGCAGAUUAUAGUGGAGCAAUAUAGUGCAAUUAAGCAGACUCGUGAGUCUGACGAAGACAAAGAAAUUUUGGAGAAAGCUGUGAAGGAAAAAGUGAUCGAGGCAGAAAAACAGAAAGCACAAAAAGAAUGGAAAAAAACAAUGCGCAAUCUCAUGGCGGAAUAUAAGCUUCAAGAUGCGGCUGUAAAGGCAAAACGGAAACAAGAGGAGAAAGAUUGGAAAGCUUGGGAGAUGAUGCAAAGAUUUAAACGGAAUGAAUAUGAUAAACAAACCAAUUUGGAAGAACGCAAGCGACAAUGGCAGCAAAAACAGGAGUAUCGAAAUGAAUUGCAGAGAGACAUUGAGGGACAGCAAAUUGAGAAAAAACGCGAGGAAGUGCUCGAAGCAGAAGCCACGAAUAUGAAAGCUGUGACGGAGAAAGCUAAUCGGAGGAUUAUGCUUUAUGGUGACGAGAUUUUGGAGGAAUCAAGGGGAGUGAGACCGCUUUAUCCGAUUAUUAAAGCUGUAGAAGAAUGUAAAAAGGAAAUGGGGUUAAUACCGAGAAAAAAAAUGGAAGAGCCUGUCAAAGCGGAACGACCGAAGAGAAAACACGGAAUGCGUCGCAUUUGCACAAAACCUGUUCCGCCUGAUCAAAUAUAUUAUUUGCAGUAACCGCUGUUUAUAGUAAACGGCGCUCAUUUGUAAUUCAUGCGUCUUGCAAUUAUCACGCGGUUCAUAUACAUCGUGCCGUCAUUAUGUCAUUUAUUCGAGACGAUGUUCGAAUCGUUUUCACGUUGCACCAUCAAGCAGCAUCUGUACAUUUCAAUUGCUGAGCGAUUUACGUAGAGAUCGGCACAAACGAAAUUGUCCGUGUUGAAAUUAAGCAACUUGCGAAAGUUUAAGUACUCUCACGGUUGUUUAUUGCGGCGGACACUCGUUAUACGUCAAAAUCUUCCUUUCUCGGGACGGCUAAAUAAGUUGUUGGGAACAGGUUUCUCGAAGACACGGCCUGUAUCGCAUUACAUACAUUUAAUUAAUGUAGCACAUAAAUUAAUGGAGAUUUUAUCUGUUGUGACAUUAUUUCAGUGAGAGAUAUACAACAUUUAAUAUAAAAUAAUUUCUUAUGUAAAUAACGAUGUAUCAAAUUCUUGAAGUGGUAAAUAAUAAAUUAAUCUUGAAGUAUCAAA